UUCACCGGUGACGUUUUUUCUCUCAGCAUUGAGACAGACGGGGCGAGAAUGGCUGCCGGUGGAGAUGUUGGAAAGCUGUUACAAGUACAGAACGGGACUCCUGCAAGCACAAGCUACAACGGAGUAGACGCCCUGCAUGCCUGCACCAUCCUCCAGCAGCUCAAAGCCCUGUACGACGAAGCGCAGCUGACAGACAUCGUCGUGGAGGUGGAUCAUGGCAAGACCUUCUCCUGUCACAGAAAUGUGCUUGCUGCCAUCAGCCCUUAUUUCAGAUCAAUGUUCACCAGUGGCCUUACAGAAAGCAGCCAGCGUGAGGUGCGGAUCGUUGGCGUCGAGUCCGAGUCCAUGCGCCUGGUCCUGGACUAUGCCUACACCUCACGAGUCACACUGUCUGAAUGCAACGUUCAGGCCCUGUUUACAGCGGCCAGCAUCUUCCAGAUCCCAGCGCUGCAGGACCAGUGCGCCUACUUCAUGAUCAGUCGGCUGGACCCCCAGAACUGUAUAGGGGUGUUCAUGUUUGCUGACGCUUACGGGCACCAGGAGCUGCGGGAGCGCUCGCAGGACUACAUCCGCAAGAAGUUCCUGUGCGUAAUGGGCGAGCAGGAGUUCCUGCAGCUGACCAAGGAGCAGCUGGUUAGCAUCCUCAACAACGACGACCUCAACGUGGAGAAGGAGGAGCACGUGUACGAAAGCAUCGUCUGCUGGCUGGAGCACGACCGACCACGUCGCGAGGCUGACCUGCCCGAGGUCUUCGCAGAGUGCAUCCGUCUGCCGCUGCUGGACGAGGCCUUCCUGAGCCGCAUCCCUCCCGCCUUCGCCCUGGCCCUGUCCAAAGAGCCUUCCGACAAGGGGCGACUGAACGGCACCAGUGGCUGCCCUCAGCGCCUGGGCAUGACCGCGUCCGAGAUGGUCAUCUGCUUUGACGCGGCACACAAACACUCAGGGAAGAAGCAGACGGUGCCUUGCCUAGACACCGCCACAGGGAAAGUCUAUAAACUGUGCAAGCCGCCCAACGACCUCCGCGAGGUCGGCAUAGUCGUCACGUCCGAGAACGACAUAUUCAUCGCUGGGGGCUACCGUCCCAGCAACAGCGAGGUGUCGAUCGAUCACCGGGCGGAAAGUGACUUCUGGCAGUACGAACAUGCUGGGAAUCGCUGGUUACCUCGCUCGCCCAUGCUGCGGGCGAGGAUCGGCUGUAGACUGGUGCACUGCUGUGGCAAACUCUUCGCUCUCGGUGGCCGUGUGUACGAAGGGGACGGCCGUAACGCAUUAAAAUCAGUCGAGUGCUACGACGCCAGGGACAACUGCUGGACCGCCGUCAGCCCCAUGCCUGUUGCCAUGGAGUUCCACAGUGCCAUAGAGUAUAAGGAUCGCAUCUAUGUGCUCCAAGGCGAAUACUUCUUCUGUUUCGACCCUCGCAAAGACUACUGGGGCCACCUGGCCCCCAUGAGCGUGCCUCGCAGCCAGGGCCUGGCGACGCUGUACAAGAACCGCAUCUACUACAUCGCCGGCAUCUGCCGCAACCACCAGCGCACCUUCACCGCGGAGGUGUACGACAUCGAGCAGAACAGCUGGAGCCGUCGGCGGGACCUUCCCUUCGAGCAAGCGGCCAGCCCCUACAUCAAAGCCCUGCUGCUGGGUGGCAGGCUACACCUGUUCGUGCGCGCCACGCAGGUGAUGGUGGAGGAGCACGUGUUCCGCACCAGCCGCAAGAACUCGCUCUACCAGUACGACGAGGAGGCCGACCGCUGGACCAAAGUCUACGAGACGCCCGAUCGCCUCUGGGACCUCGGCCGGCACUUCGAGUGCGUGGUGGCUAAGCUGUACCCUCAGUGUCUUCAGAAAGUGCUUUGAGCGGGCGGUGGGGGAGGGAGGGCUGGGAAGCAGGGAGAUUUCUUCAGUUAGUUUUUGUUGAAUUUUGUUCGUUAUUUACUUUAUUUUUUUUUUCUUUCGGGUGAUAAAGGGGGCCGCUAGGUGUGCGCUCCCUUACAUAUGGUGCUGUCCAAACACGCAAGAACCCAACGGAAAAGUGGGAAAGUCUUAUAUAUAUAUUUAACAAUGAAAAACACACAAAAAAAAAACAGAGGAAACAAUCUGCGGUGACGUUUUGGUCCGAGGGCUACUCGGACAGACGGCAGUAUUUUAAACUUCGAGAGACGAGCACAAAGUGCCCUCGCCGUUGCUUGUUUUAUAGUGGAAACUUAACAAAAUUAUAAGUGCAAUUAUCAUGUUAUUGUUCACAAGCGUGUGUUGAGCCAAUUUUUUUUCUUUCUUUUUUGUUUCUUUCUUUAUUACUUUUUAAGGCACGAUUUAUGGAUUUGAUUUGUUGCUAUUUUGCAGUUUUCAGUUUGUUGGCAUGCAGUGUUGGGACAGUCAUUGAUGUUGACCCUUUUUUUUUUGAGGAAAAGGACAAGCAGUGUCAGCAUCAGAAAAAUUUAAAUAAAGUAAUAAAUAUAUAAAUAGCUAUAUAUAUAUAUAAAUAUAUAUUCAUACGGGUAUGGUGGGCUGAGGGGCUCAUCCUUAGGAAGCUAGGUCUUUUUUUAUUUUAUUUUGUAGAUGUCAGAACUGAACAUCUUUCUUGCCACCUUUUGGAGGAUUUGCUCUUGUUUUGUCUGAUGAUGUACUGGUGUGCGAAUGAUUUUAGUUUAGUUUAAUUGCCAAGACGUUAAGGUGGCUGUUUCUUAGUUUGGAAAGUUUUUUAAUACCUAUUUUUUCUUUUUUUGUACCCAAAUGCUUAAAGCCACUGCGUCAGUUUUUAAUUGCGUUGUUUAAUGUGCUUUGCUGCCCCAAACAACCCUUUCGGAAUCUGUUUCAGCGUUCCCGAGCUCAGUUUACAGUGGUUUCUCUGCUCCACGCUCGCGCACUCGUACAACUCGCCAGCUGACACUUCUUGAGUUGAUUCGGGUGCGUGAGAACAGAAGAAUCUGCUAAACUGUGCAGCGAUGAUUAAUAUUUGAGGAGUUCUAAUAUAGGUUAAACAUGACUCAUACCUGUCCUGAUCCGUCUUUGCGACUUUGAGUCACCAGCUACUUUAGUGAGGUUACAGUGAAAUACUUGGUCUCCAUAUUGGAGAGAAGAAAGAUCUGAAGAGUAUUGUGUACAGCAGAGUUGAGUUCAUGGGUUUGGGAGCUAACUGGGGAGCUAACUGGAGAGCAGACUGGAUAUAUAACUUGAGAGCUAACUUGAAAGCAGCUUAGUGAAGGCAGGCUUGUGCCUGGACCCCUAAAAAGAUGGAGCUCAUACAGUUAUCCCAAAAGUGUUCCCUUAGUGUUCUGAUCAACCACUAACUGGCAUAGAGACAGAAAAAUACUUCCAGCAUAGUUUUAAUGAAAUCUGACUGUAACUGUCCAUUAGAAUCAGCAUGUUUAUUCAUUGGUUCAGAGUUUACUGUGGGUAAAAACGACAAAAAUAGGGCUGGCUUGAACCAAUUGUUAUUUCUAAUUCAUGAUUUUGACCAAUUCUGAUUCCUUUGUAACCACAGUAUUUAAUGCCUCUAUUAUAGGCUUACUUUGUCAAUCCUUUCAAAUCAGAUUUGAGUCACUUUCAUAUGUGAUCCUGGAUUAGAUGCGUGUCUGAUUUGUGGAAAUGAAUCAUAUAAAUGUGAACAGUCAAAACGGUCUUCAUGCAUUGAUGUAAAUUGGACUCAGUAUAAGGUCACUCCAGUUUGUUCCAGUUCCAGUUUGCUCACCCAUGAACUCGACUUCCCGUUGUGUACCCUGUUGAGAGUGCAGUCAAGAUUCACGCGAAUUGAACCCCACAGGCAAUAGGUUUAAAAGCCCUAGAAUUGCAGCGAUAAGGUUUAAUUGAGUUUUUGAACGUUGAUUAAGUCGUCCUGUCCGAAACGUGAAUUCUGUUUGCAUCAAAUGGGAUGGACGCCCCUCUCAGUGGGAGGAGGACGACGUGCUAGAGAAGAAGUCGCAGGCUUGAUCCUGUCAGCAAUAAGAUCCGUUUACAAACGUCCUUCCUUACUUAAGAAGAAACCAAGCGUUCUUACGAAGUUCUUGCAAAAGCUGCGGCGACUGGUCAGAAUCCAUAAUUUGAUACUUAUGGAUAUGUAAGGAAUCAUGUUGUUACCGUACAGCUCUGGAAAAAAAUAAGAGAGCACUUCAGUUUCUGAAUCAGUUUCUCUGAUUUUGCUAUUUUUAGGUUUAUGUUUGAGAAAAAUGUACGUUGUUGUUUUUCUAUAAACUACAAACAUAAUUUCUCCCAAUAGUCCAAAUAAAAAUAGUCAUUUAGAGCAUUUAUUUGCAGAAAAUGAGAAAUGACUGAAAUAACAAAAAAAAGAUGCAGAGCUUUCAGACCUCAAAUAAUGCAAAGAAAAGAACUUCAUAUUCAUAAAGUUUUAAGAGUUCAUAAAUCAAUAUUUGGUGCAGUAACCCUGGUGGUUUUUAAUCACAGUUUUCAUGCAUCUUGGCAUCAUGUUCUCCUCCACCAGUCUUACACAAUGCUUUUGGAUAACUUUAUGCUAAUCACUCCUGGUGCAAAAAUUCAUGCAGUUCAGCUUGGUUUGAUGCUUGUGAUCAUCCAUCUUCCUCUUGAUUAUAUUCCAGACGUUUUCAUUUUCGUAAUCAAAAACUCAAUUUUUAAGUGGUCUCUUUUUUCAAAGCUGUAUAUGCAUAUAUAUAUAUAUGUUAGGGGUGGGAAUUACAGGGCACCUCACAAUACGAUAUGAUACGAUACGACAUAUGAUAUAAUCACAAUACUGUGAUUCUGCAAUACUCGAUAUAUAGCAAGACAUUUCUCUACAAUGCUUCACACAAUCUGAGUUACUGAAGAGGAAAAAAUACUCCUAAAUAAGAAGAUAUCAGGAAUUAUAGAUUUAUUUGUGUCCGUUUCACUGAAUUAGACAACCUGUAUUAUUUAAUAUCUGCAGGUUAACCCUAUUCCAUAUGAAGCAGUAACUUUAGUAAGUCAGAUUGGGGGGAGGCGGAUCGUAAGGAGUUUAGAGCUGCUGUGUUUCAAUAAGAAUAUCGAUAUUUGAUGCAGAAAAUGAUAAAUGAUACGAUAUAUUGCAAUAUUGUUAAUUUGUCCCACCCCUUAUGUACAUGAUGGGUUUGUUUUUAUUUUAAUUUUUUUGUUUUGUGUUUUUAAGGUGCCAUCAGAAAUGUGAAAUGUGAGCGAAUGAAAAAGAUCGUCAUGUGCUUCAGAAGCUUCAGUCUUACUUUUAAAUAGAAAAUACAGAGAAUUCAGAGCUCCAGUGUGUGCCUCCUCUGAGAGCUAACCGGGUGAUGAGGUGAGGUGAAGGUUUGGUGCUUGGCCCCUUGCUCUACAUGUUGCACAGAGAUAUGUCUCUGCUUUAAACGAGCUUCUCCAUUUUUUUUUCUGAUGGAAAGAGUUUCAUCAUUAUGGUUUCAGCAGAGCUCCUCAGACUGUGUGACUCAAGAGUUCAGUCUUCUUUUUCUUUUUUUUUGUUUGUUCUCCAUUUUUGUGUCCAUUUUCUGAUGUCACAAACGCAGAGACUGGUUUGCUGAAUCGUUUCUUGGUGCUGCUUUUCUUUGACAAUCCUGUACAGAACUUUUUCCUCCAUUUGGUUUGGAACACAGCCGCUGGGUGUAAGGUCCUGUUGUAGCUCAGUCUGUUUGAGCAUUAUUGUGUGUGUAGCUUGUGUUGAGUUUGUGUUUUAUUUACAUUGAUCAUAUGCAGGUUCCCCGUGCUGUACUGAUCUUGCACUACACCCCCCUCUCACUCCUUUCUUUCAACCGUUCUUUCUCUUUUCUUUUUCUUUUCUUUUUUUCAUAAUUUCUCCUUUUAUUUUUCUUUUGCUGGACUUCCUCUUGUAUCUUUGUCUUUAUUUAGAUUCUUAUGGCUCAUUUUCCACUCUCUUCUUUUUUUUAUUUUAUCUCUUGUUCAAUUUUUGCUUUCUUUAAUUGUUCUAUUGUUGUAAAACUUUUAUUUCUCCCUUUCUUGUUUUUUUUUCUUUCUGCUGUUCUAAAGUUUGUUUGUCCCUUGUGUUUUAUGUCUCAUUCAUGUCCUCUGUAUCCUUCCUUCCUUUUUUUCAUAGUUUCUUUUUCUCUGCUUUGCUUAACUUUCUAUCUUUAUUUUAUUUUUUUGCAAAAUGUUUGUGUUUUGCUUAUUUAUUCACUAUUUUUUCCCUUACUUUCUUUUCCUCUAAUUCUUUGGCUCCUCCCUCAUGCUUUUCUACUUUCUUUUCCAAGUCCUUUCUUUGUCUUUCCCACUUUUUCCCUCAAUUUCUCUUUUAUUUCACUCUCAUUAGUUGUCAUUUCCCUCCAAUUUCAUGUCUAUCCCCUCAUGUUUUUUUUUUCUCCUCGUUUUUUGUUGUUUCUCACCUUUUUCUAUUUAUUUAACUUGUUUUGUCUUUCUUUUUUUUUGCUUUGUCUUCUUUCUAAUUAAUUUUCUCUUCCUGAAAUCAUGGCUUGGCUGGGCAAUCAUAGAGAGCCAAGUUCUCUUUUCUGAGCGGAGUGAGAGAGCGGAGUGAGAGAGCGGAGUGAGAGAGCGGAGUGAGAGAGCGGAGUGAGAGAGCGGAGUUGUUCUUUCUACUUUUCUAAAAGUUUUUGUCCCUUGUUUUUUUCUUUCUUUCUACUUUUCUAAAGUGUUAUUCUUUUUUUAUUUUUGUUUUUUUUUCUCACAGUUUUUUUUGACAAAACUGUUUUUUUGUUUUUUUUUAUUUCCCUCGAAUUCCUUGUCUAUUCCUUCAUGUUUUUCCUUCUGUUUUCUUUUUGUUCACCUCAUCUUUUGUUGUUUCUCCCCUUUUUAUUUAUUUUACUUGUUUGGUCCUUCAUUUUAGCUUUAUCUUCUUUCUGUGUUCUUUUUUCUUUACUUUCUUCUUUCUUAUUCUUUUUCUCUUCCUGAAAGCCAAGUUCUUCUUUCUGAAAAGAAUUGAAAGAGAGGAGAGAAAGGAUUGAGUGAGUGAGGGAGAGAGAGGAGGCCAAGGCUGCGUCCCAUCAGGACCGGGCGAGCUCUGUGUGAUGAGGCCUGAACAGAGCGAGGACUCUCGGCUGAACCGAAUCCGUGCCGUGGUCUGCGCAGUCGUGCGGAGCCCCGGCUGCAGCGCGUGGGCGGGACUGUGCGGCGACUGCAGUGCAAUAGGUCGCCCUCGGCAGAUCCGCUGCAGAGCUCAGUGGCACGGGAACCAGAAACAGACCAUUCUCAGGAUUUCUUACUGAUACCCAGUACUGUAUUGACUAUGGUUUGAUAUGUAUGUGUAAUAUACUGUACCAUACGUUUGCUGUACUUGCACAGUUUGAUUUAUUUUUUUUGUCUUUUAAAAAAAAAAAAACUUGAAUAAUAGUGUUUUUUUUCCGUUUAUUACUAUUAUUAUUAUUUUAUUAAUAUUAAUUGUUUGUUGAUUUGUUUGCUAUUAUUUUUUCAUUGUUUUUCAUUUAUUUUAAAUAGUAGCGGAUAGGUUUCCUUAGGUUUGUUAGGUGAAUCACAAAAUGUGUAAAUCAACCGCAUUUUUUUUCUCAUUUGUUUUCCUUUCAAAUACAGUUUUACAUACAAAAAUCACUCUAAAUAACACAAAGCAUUACAAUAUCUACAGUAACAACAGCAAAAGCAGUUGCUGUUUCUUUAAAUUUUGUAUUUUUUUUUCUUUCUUUUAUUUUCUGAUCAUCUCCUACAGAUGUACAUACCGAAAAAAAGCUAUGUGAUAGUUUUAUAAACUUCACGUCUCGUGUUGUUGCCUGCUGCAAGUGCAAGUGCAAAAAAACAAAAAAAAACAAAGCCAUUCAUCCACAUCAUUGUCGCGUUUUUUUGGUUUUCCCUCUUUUCUUUGUUUUAUUUUGUAUUUAAUUUUUUUGUGUUUUUAUUUUUUGCCUGUUUGUAUGGAAUGAGAGUUUGGUAAAUAUACUUUUGAGCUCUACUGUGAAAUUCACAUUGCACAUAAUUUGGAAAUAAAAUAAUUAAAACGUGU